ACAUUUUUACUUUAUGUUCUUUCUCCUCUUUUUUCUUCCUUGGAUUUUCACCAUUCAUAUCUGCUGCCUUGUUUUUAAUUCUUUUCGGAGCUUCGUAUCAAAGGACAAAAAUCGUUAGAUUUCUUAAAGAAAGGAAGGAUUUUUGCAGAAGUUCUUAAAUUCUUGUUAGCUUCACUUAUCCUUGUUGUAGUUGAUCAUUCUGGUCUCUACAUACGCUGAAUUCUUAUUUCGAUUUCUUUUUCUUUUCGUUCUUGAAGUGGAAAUUAGGAGAAUUAUUGGGACAUUGGUUACUACCCCAUCACAUGCACACUGUAAGGCAUUGCAUCUUCUUCACCUUUCUAAACUUGAAUUUUUUCCAAGAGCAUAUGAGAUGGAUGUCCUAGAUCCGGUCUUCCCAGGGGCAUUGUUAGAACAGAUUGACCAGCAUCAAAAUUUGGUAAACAAUGUUUUUGGACCUAAGUGUUCUUCAAAAUGUGCUUCAAUUUCUGAUAUAUCUGUGUCCAAGCUUCUCGAAAAGCCAGUGCAUAAAGUUUCACCAGGUUUCAAGGAUAAGAAGAGUUUAAAACAAAGUGGUUCCUGCCAGGAGGCUCCUGAUGAUAUUCAUGGCCUUUCUAGGCCUUUCGGUUUGCAUGCUUCUGGUGUAAGUACAGCCAGCUCACUUGCUGAUUCUGCAAACAUUGAUAAGCCUGUUACAAAGAUUACCAAGAAGAAGAACAAGAAGAAACGGAAGUCAUACAAAAAAUUAUUGGCAGAUGUUGUUGUUGAGACUGAACCAAGUGAAUGCGGUCAUGAUAUUGCCGUAGCACCUUACCACUCAUCCAAGGAGGAGAUGGAGGAUGUCAAAGGUUACAAAAUACAAACAAGCAAUUAUACAGAGCUUGAUUGGGAGAAAAGCAAAAAUAUGUCUCUCUCUUCUGCAGUUACUGCAUCCAGCUGUGCCUCUGAACAUGGAGAUACAUUUUUGAAGGAUGCUAGUGAUUGUGACAGCAAGCUACUUUCUGAAUGUUCCUCUAGUGGAUCCUCUGAUUUUCCAGGAAAUAAUAUGUUUUCUGAUGUUUGGAAUAGUGACUGUGUUAUUGAUAUCUGUGAACGGGUUUCAAAUGGGAUCCUGCAAUCAGCAGAAGAUCUAAACACAAUGGAGAAUAAAUCCAUUUCAGAGUGUAAUAGUUCUUCUGUAGCUAAUCUUAAGAAGAUUAAUUCUUUUGAAUGCCUUUCUCAAUUUGAAUCCUCUGAAACUAGACAACAGUUUAAUUUCAGCAAUGUUCAUGCAGGUACACUAAAUAAGGAAUGCAAACAUGAUAAGAUGACAUCUCAUAGUGAUAUCAUAAACAAACGUGGUCAUCACCCUAAUCUCCAGACUGGGAAGGAGAAUAGCCAGCUAAUAUGGCAGAAGAUCCACAAGAAUAAUAGGAAUGCAUGCACCCAUGGGAUAAAGAGAUCAAAUCAUGUGUAUGUGCAGAAAGAUGUUAGACUGCCAGAAGAGAUUUUGCUUCUGAAGCAUAAUCCAUGUCCAAGUGAUGAAUUGCUACAGCCUUCUGUAUAUUCUUCAGCUGGACAUAAUGGUGAUACUCAUAGAGUCAAGAAUUUCGCUCAAAAUGCACAAGGAAUGUAUGGUGGAACGCAUGGUAAUGUUCUUGUUGGAUCUUCUCAAUGUGUUGCAAAGCAGAGAAUUCAAGGUGAUCUGAGUCAACAUGUCUCAUUGUCAUGGCAGGCAGAUACAUUGGGAAACAAGGAGUCUGCUAGGUUGAAAGAAAAGAUGAACCAGUCCUUUAAAAAUGAGAAUGCCAACAACAGCAAGAAGGGACCAAGGGGUCAUAAAGAAAGUAGGCUUAGAAGUAAGACUGUUUUUUGCCGGAAGGAGGCACUAGAAGUUCAAGGGAAGUUGCAUCAUUAUAAUAAGAGUGCUGCUUCAAAGAGAAGUAUCCACAAUAACCAGUGUUAUGGAAUCAACAAGUUAGCCUCUAUGCAUCCAUAUCCUGCUUCUGCUUAUGUAGAGGUAAAUGUGCCUUGCACAAUGAUAUCUGGUGCAUCAGAGCGAGCUCUGCUGGAUGGGGUCCACCCAUGUGCCAGUGUGAGGAUUCCAGGUAUGGGAAAUGUUUUUGUUGGAACUGAUCCUGCUUCCUCAAAUAGAGAAGAAGCUAACUCUGCAUGUGUAGAAAAUGAGCUUUCUUGUGAAGAUGGUAUCAAACAUGACAUUAUUUCUCGAGUGAGUUUACAGAAGUGGAUUCCUGUUGGUAGAAAGGAUUCCGGGACACUAAAUAUUGGGCCUUUUAGUGCUUCUGAGGAUCUUAAGGUGACACAAAGUGUAUGCCAGGAGAAUGCAAAUAUACAUCCAGAAGAGUAUAACAUUUCUCCAUAUGAGCCUGUUUCUCCACUUGGUCCUAGCAAAACAUGUUUAGCAUCCAGUCAUGAAACAACAAAAUUGAUGGCAACUGAAGAUGAAACACCACCAAUUGAAAACCUAUCUAAGAAUAUGAAUGAAAAGCACGGAGAGGAAGGUUCUAAGGAUUGUGUUACACCUAAUACUAAACCAAAGGACAGCACUCCAUUAUACAUUUCAGAGAUGGCAGUAGAAGCACUUAAUGAUGCAUACAGAUUACAAAUGGCAUCUGAAAAUUUUGAGUUUGCAACAGGGAGUCCCCUUGCUGAGUUUGAGAGACUUCUCUACUCUGCUACACCCGUUAUAGCUUCUUCAUUUGCGCCACAACAUUGUGAUGUUUGCUCGAUGAACCAGCUCUCUGGAAGCUCUCUCUGCAAACAUCAGAUACCAAAUAUUCCACUAGGUGCUGUUUGGAGUUGGUAUGAGAAGCCAGGAAAUUAUGGACUGGAAGUAAAGGCGGAAGAUUCCCAAAAGCAAAAGGGAUCGGAUAGUGAUACAGUCUUAUUUCAUGCUCAUUUUGUUCCUUUUCUCUCAGCCAUUCAAUUAUUUGGCCACCUGAAUCUCUCCACAAGUAGUAGGGGUUGCAGUACAGCACACCUCACCUCUGAUAUCUCAUGCAGUGGGCAAGCUCAAAGUAAUCCAUCCCUUUCCAAGAUGGAUACAGAUUUACCUUGUCAAGAAGCAGUUAAUCCUUAUUCUUUUUGUUUAGAGGAAACAAUAAUUUCCAAACUUCUAAACCCAUUAGACGAUUCCGAAGAUUCAUACUUUUCUCAGUCUGGUGGAAGUGACACUUCAGGCUCUUCUGAACCUGCCGACACCAAUAAUAUAGAACUGAUAUUUGAGUUUUUUGAGUAUGAGCAGCCACAACAGCGAAAAUCCCUAUAUGAUAAAAUAAUGGAACUAAUCAAAGCUGGUACUUCCAAUAAUAAAGUGUUUGGUGAUCCAUCCAAACUAGAAUGCAUGAACCUGCAAGAUUUACAUCCUGCAUCAUGGUAUUCUGUUGCUUGGUAUCCAAUAUACCGAAUACCAGCAGGGAACUUCCGUGCAUCGUUCCUCACUUACCACUCCCUAGGGCAUCUGGUUCAAAGAUGCAGCUCAAAAGAUUCUCUUGAUGAUAAGACGUUUUGUGUUGCCUCUCCUGUUCUGGGAUUGCAGAGCUACAAUGCACAGGGGGAGUGCUGGUUCUACCCCAAAAAGCAUGUUGAAUCUUCUUUCAAAGAAUUUAUGCCUUUCAACGGUUCUGAAAUCCUCAAAGAACGACUGAGAACCCUAGAGAAAACUGCAUUCCUAUUUGCUAGAGGUUGUGUCUUUAAGGAUAAUGUUGAAGUUACCAACCGGCAGCCAGAUUAUGAGUUCUUUCUAUCUCGGAAACGGUAAUAUCUCUAUCCCAAGUGAAAGUACUCGAUCUCUCUUCACAGCUUCCAGAUAUAUGGAAGAUAUUCCCAAAUUUGGCCCCUUACACUGUAAAUAUGUACAGAGCAAAACCCAUGAAACAGGAAGUAGUUUGUAGGAAUAGGCAAAACCCAGUUCAGUUCUCUAAUUCGUGUCCGUGGGACUGCUAACACCAUCAGGAAGCAGUUGAUUUAUAGAUCGUAGCAAAUGUAAUCUGAUAAUAUACUCAUCAAGCGUAGAUACAUUUUUCUCAUUACAACUUAAUUGUAACAUCUCUGUAAGUUGUUUGUGUGUAUACUGUAGUUUCCAACUUAGUAUAAUUCACUGUUCUGGCCACGUGAAGCUCC